CUUAGCUAGCGCGCCUCAGAUUCCGUGCAUAAUAAUACGAAGCCAAGCUGCAGUACGUAGCCGGACGGGCCAUGGCAGGAACAUUCCAACCAGGAACUGCUGCUAUUGCAGCAACACAGGUUGAAAUUUCAAUUUCGUGCAGAAAUCUUCUGGAUAAAGAUGUUAUGUCAAAGUCUGAUCCAAUGUGUGUACUCUAUACUACUCAACUGGGAUCAAAGCAGUUCCAUGAGUAUGAAAGAACAGAACACAUCAAGAAUACUCUUAAUCCUGAUUUUGUUCACAAAUUUCACUUGACGUAUCACUUUGAGGAAUGUCAAAGACUUAAAUUUGAAUUAUAUGACGUUGAUUCUCCAAAUUCCAAACUGGAUCAUCAUGAUUUCUUGGGAAGGCUGGAAAUCACCCUUGGUGAAAUCCUUGGCUCAGCGAACAACAAGGUCGAGAGAAAGCUUAUAUAUCCAAACAAUAAACCAUGUGGAUCUAUAAUAUUAUCAGCAGAAGAAGUCAGCGACUGCAAAGAUGAGGUACAUCUUCACUUCAGAGGAAGAAAACUGGACAAGAAAGAUUUCUUUGGCAAAUCAGAUCCGUACUUGGUUUUCUAUAGAUGUAAUGAAGACAUGAGUUUUACAAUAUGUCACAAGACUGAAGUGAUCAAGAACAGCUUAGAUCCAGUUUGGAGACCUUUCUCACUCAUGGUUAGAACUCUAUGUAAUGGUGAUCUUGAUAGAACCAUCAAGGUUGAAUGCUAUGACUGGGAUAGCGAUGGAAGUCAUGAUCUGAUUGGUGAAUUCAAUACUAAUAUGAGGGAAUUAUCUACCAGGAAAGGAACAACAUUUGAUCUCAUCAACCCGAAGAAAGCCAAGAAAAAGAAAAGCUACAAGAAUUCUGGCACAAUUGAACUGUUAAACUGUUCAAUUGAGAAGAGAGCAAGUUUUUUAGACUACAUAACGGGAGGGAUGCAAGUGAACUUCACUGUAGCAAUAGACUUCACUGCAUCAAAUGGUAACCCAAGUCAUGGAAACUCACUACAUUACAUCAAUCCCUAUAGUCCUAAUCACUAUGAACAAGCCAUCACAGCAGUAGGAGAAAUCAUCCAAGAUUAUGAUUCAGAUAAACUCUUUCCAGUUCUUGGUUUUGGUGCUAAGAUACCUCCUAAUGGACAGGUUUCACAUGAAUUCCCUGUGACUUUCAAUUCUCAGAACCCAUUUGUAAUGGGCUUGCCUGGAAUCCUACAUGCAUACAAAUCUUGUAUAUCUCAGGUACAACUUUAUGGUCCAACAAACUUUGCACCAGUCAUCAACCAUGUAGCAAGGUUUGCCAAGCAAUAUCCAGAUGGUUCAAAUUAUUUCAUUCUUCUGAUCAUCACUGAUGGUGUUAUAUCAGAUAUGGAGAUGACCAAGAUGGCUGUUAUUAGUGCUAGCAAAUUACCGAUGUCCAUUAUCAUUGUUGGAGUAGGCCCAGCAGAAUUUGAUGCAAUGGAAGUAUUAGAUGCAGACAAGCAAGCAUUAUCAUUCCGAGGGCAGGUGGCGCAAAGGGAUAUUGUACAAUUUGUGCCUUUCCGUGACUACAUCAGCAGUACUGGGGGUAACGUGGGUCUGAGUCAAGCUAGACUAGCCAAGGAUGUCUUAGCUGAGGUUCCUGAUCAAGUCUUAGGUUUCAUGAAGACCAAAGGAAUCACUCCUGAUAAACUUCCCAAACCUACUCAACUAUCACAAGGUCAAGUUCCUUCUGCUCCUCCAGUCUAAUCUAUUCUUCAAUGUCAGAAGGUUCUUUUGUAUUCAUUUUGUCAUGUUGUUUGAUGAAAUCCACUUACACCUCUUAAUUAUAUAUCACUGUGUCUAUUGGUGAGCUUAGUAACAAAAUGCUUUCUAAAAAAUGAUUAAGAUCCAUUUACUUGAAUUUAUUUCAGUUAACCCUGCAUUUAACAACUUUCAUAGAUUGGGUAUUCCCAGAAAUCAUCUCUUGCAUUCAUGCUAUGCGAUAUGGAACAAGUUUUGAAUGAAUAUAUUUUGUUGUUGCGAUCUGUACAUAUUCAGAUAGCACAAGUUGAUAAACAUGUAUGAAGCUUUGUGUGGCAGUAGAUGCAUUAAAUUGAGUCUCAAUGUGCAGGGAUAGUUUAAAGUUCUACAUUUUAAAUGAAUAACAUUGAUGCUUGGUAUUUGCAAGCCCCGAAUAUAAUCAGAUUUUUGAUUUCCUUCUUAUUUAUUCUUCCUCUCAACAUGAUCACUAAAUGCCUACAUUUUUCCAAAACAAGUUUAAGAUGCAUUGAUCAUAGUGCUUUAUAAACAUGUUUUGUUUUAUUUUACGUGUAUGCAAGCCUUAAUGUAUAAUUGAUGAAGCUGCUAUUUGGUUUCAUAUCUGUGCAAACCUGUUUGUAUUUCUGCAACUGCCCUGUUAAUGAUGUAAUAUAUUUCCCUGUCAUCAAAUUCCUCAGGAAAUCUUGUUUUUGCAUUUAUCUUUUUUUUAAUCAGCUAAGAGUAAGGAAAUAUUAUACAUAGGUGUCGAAGUUCUUCCAAAUUUGAACUGACCCUCUACUAGAAUUUGACUUUUUAUGUGAGUAGAGCCAUUGUGGGUGCCUAUCUUUGGUAUUACUCUUGAUAAUACUAAUUGCCUCAACAUUUUCACUCAAAUAGCCUAAUUUAUUGCAUUAAAUUGAUCAGUGAUACAGGCUCAGAAAUAAGCUAUGGAAUGUCUAACUUUACUACAAAAGAAUGUCUUAACUUUAGGGUAUAUCAUGUUUGAUGAAUAUCAAUCAUGUUUAUACCAUAGAUUAUGAUGAUAUAGUGAUUUAGGGUAUGAUGGCUGAAUAUUAUCCCAUAACCAAUAUAAGUAUGUUGAACAUUUUGAUUAUGUGCUUUAUAAGAUAUGUGAUACCAACACAAUGAAUUAUUUUGUUUAACAAAAUGAAUUACGGUAAGUAAUGUUAAGUGAAAAUAUAAGUUGUCUAUAGGAUAUAAAUGAUAAAUAAUGAAUGAAGUAAUUAAUGAUUUAAUUAGAGUGAGUAACAGACAUAUAUUUACAUAGGUAUCACACUUCCUCAUAUAUGAAUGUAAAAAUUACUUAAAAGCUACCAAUACGUGUUCUGUGGAGGAUUUGUAAGGUGAUAUAUUAUUUAAGAACAGUGGAGAUCUGUAAACAUAUAUUGAAUUGAUUCUAAAUGAUUUAGUGUAAUAUAAUACAUGAUGUUCAUAUACAUUCAAAGCAUUGCAUUCCUGCCUUGCCAUAAAGUUCAAGUGAAAUCUUUCAUAUUUUUUAUAUUUUCGAAAAUGUAUUUUAUAAAUGCUAAAUAUGAUUUGAUUCGGGUAUGCAUGUAACUACUUAAUUCAUUU